AUGGCAGUGAGGCAGAGGAUCUUCAACUCCACCGCCCCGUUCUCCGGGUCACCUCUGGCCGACCUGAAGGCCUCGUAUCCAAAAUGCACUGCGGUGGAAAAAGGGACGCAGCAGCAUCACCAGCACCAACAGAAGCAGCAACAGCAGGGGGAAGAGGAGGAGGAGGAAGAGCAGUGGAAGAGCUGCAAAGUGGACUACAUUGCGUGUCUGAGCCCACUUUUGAAUAAAGUGCUGACUCAGGGCACCGCCGAGCAAGUUGGCCAAACGCCGCUGAAGAGCUCCCCUUUCAUCGCGCAGGCCGAAUGUGAAACCCAGGAUUCCCAGGAGUUUAGCCCGUCCUGCUUCGAACGUUCCUACGUUCCCUCCUCUGGCUCUUUUAUCGUCAGUUUGCAGCCGGAGCACAACAACGUGGCAUGUCCGACCACGGCCUCUGUCCAGGGUGCCGCCCCGCUCAGCCCGAGGAAAAAGACCCGCAAAAGAGUGAAGCGCAAAGGCCGGAAAAAAGUUACCUGGGAGAAGAAGAAGAAAGCGGAGGAGUGGCAGCACAGCAGAUGUCGCACAGAUACUAGAGUGCCAUCUGGAGUUCCUGAGCAGGAGAGUGGGAGCUCACCGCUGCACAUCCAAGAUCAUUCUCCGGGAGGACGACGGCACCCCCUAAUUUCCUCGUGCUGCGGCAUCACAGUGAGCCCAGAAGAGCGGGACGUAGCGCCCCCUCUCUAUGGCGCCGAGGCUUACUGCGUGGGCACCCCGCCAACCUGGCCCGAGGCGUUCUCCUCUACCCCGUGUAGCCUUCACUCCUACACGCCGGACAGUGACUCGGUCAGCAGCACAGGCGACUGCUCGCUGGCCCUCGUCGGGCUGCGGGGGAGUGUCAGCCAGGGCGACCCAUGCUACGCUGGGCCCCUUUUUAAAGAGGUGGAACGCACCACUAGGGAGGAAAAGGAGGAAGAAGACGAGUGGCGGUCCCACGAGUCUGUCCCCAAUGAGGGGAUCAUUUUUUAUAAUCAAAACUUCCAGCCUGUCGAUUCAGAAUAUAAGGAAGGGAGGGAGUUUGUCCUUUCGGAGUUUAUCAAAGAAGGCUCCUAUGGCCAAGUCCACAGCGCCCGAGAUGUCAACACAGGCUUUAAGUUUGCUGUCAAAAAGAUCGCCCUGAAGAGGUUUAACAGCGAGGAGGCGAGCACGUGGAGUGCCCUCCGAUCCCCUCGCAUUUUGGAGCUCUUCGGAAUUGUUCGAGACGGACCUUACGUUUUCUUUCUCAUGGACCACAAAUAUGGGUCGCUGGGCCAGCUGAUAAUGCAGCGCGGGCGGCUGCCAGAGGACCGGAGUCUCUACUACCUGUUGCAAGUCGCAACAGCGUUGGAGUACCUGGCCAAGAAGAAAGUGGUACAUCUUGAUGUUAAAGCUGACAAUGUGUUGCUGUCCGAGGACGGCCGAGACUCCUUCCUGUGCGACUUUGGCCACGCAGAGAGAUUGGACAUGUUCGGGCAAAGUCUUACCGAUUCCCGAGAGCUGAAAGGUACAGAGACGCACAUGGCCCCAGAAAUGGUGAGAGGUGAACCCCACGGAGGCAAAGCAGAUGUGUGGAGCAGCUGCUGCAUGUUACUGCACAUGCUUAACGGGUGUCAACCUUGGACCAGAUAUUACACCUGUAGACUCUUCCUAAAGAUCGCCUAUGAGCCGCCACCGCUUCGAGAGAUACCGCCAGACUGCGGGCCGCUGACAGCAGAGGUGAUCGAGGCGGGACUGCGGAAAGAUCCUAGCGUGAGAGCGUCAGCCAGUGACCUAAGGGAAUGCACGGCCAGAGCACUCCAACAAGUCGGUGGGCUAAGAAGUCUGUGGAGCACAUCCUACACAGAACCACUGCAUUUGGUCAACAAACCUCCUGACUCCCCGCGAGCUAAGAGACAAGACGAGGAAAACGAAACAGACAGUCGUGCGAUCGUGCAGCCGAACGACAGCCAUGAAGACGAGGCCGAAGCGCCUGAGCUAGGAAGCCAUUUUGACGCCGACCGUUCGAAAAAGAAAAUCGGCGACACCGUCCCGGAAUUGGAGCUGCGUAAACUGGAGAGAGAUUUCUACCUGAGUAGUCUUUCCCAGCUUCAUUCGGCCGAAAUGCAGGAGCAACUCUUGUCUUGUCUCAGCAGCGAUACAUACUCCAACUGGGAUCCGUUGGACAAAAAGGACUCGGGCCGCUGGUCGCUAAGCCCUGCCGACGACUGCAGCUCAGGCGUCUGCUCCGACAGCGGCCAGCUAGACGGGCAGCAGAACGUCAGUCUGGACCUUCUGGGCCACUCGCCGCCUCGGCCGUGCUGCUUCCAAGGGGUGGACGUCUGCAUUCGAGAUUUCAACGGGAAAAACAUCCGGAUCCGAGAAACGCGGCGGGUGAAAGUGGGCCACAUUGCUACCGGCAUCAGCGAUCAGAUCUCCGAGAGAGUUUUCACAUUGGAGACACAGCUAGGCCAAAAGGUGGCUCACAACGAGGAGGUGCAAGAGUCGGGCCUGAAGCUCCGCUGCGUCCCGGCUCCUGAUUUUGGCGUCUCUUGGAGGUGGAGGAUCCGAGAUGGAGCGCUGGAAACCAGAUGA